GGAUGUUGGUUCGAUUCGGAUUAUAGCCAAACACCAAAAUACUAAACUCAUAAAUCCCGUUCAGAUAUUUUUGUAUAACAGUUCGGAUUCGGUUUCGGUUUUUCCGGUUCGGGUCUAGGUAGAUACUUCGGGUUGAGUUAAAAACGCUCAAGCCUAGCCUCUAGUCUUUUAACUUUCUUCCUUUAUCAAAGUUGCAAGCUUACAGCGUUUCAAACGUCGAAGCAUUUUAAACUGCGACUGUUGCGGUGUAAAAGCUUCAGCUACUUUUGCGUUAACUUGUUGUUGCGUUUAGCUUACAUUACCAUCUCCUGGAAUUUUUGCUGUUUAGAAUCAAGAUGCAGCCGCAGAGGUUGAAGAAGGCGAUAACUGAUAAUCCCAAGAAGCUUGGGAAUUUGAUUGACCUCGUGAACCUUCCAUCUACUCUGCGUGACUUCCUUGGUCAAUCUCAGAUUUCUCGUCUGGGUUGUUUCAUGCGUGUCUGGUCUUACAUCAAGACCAACAAUCUCCAGGAUCCAAAGAACAAGAAUGUGGUUAACUGUGAUGAAAAGCUGAAGAGCAUUUUGCUUGGGAGGCAGCGAGUGGAGCUAGUUGAUCUUCCUUCUCUUAUCAAGUUGCAUUUCACCAAGACACCAAAGUCGAAUUGAAGAACAUUGGAUUCUUUGUUUGUUUUCAUCUCUGUUAUGGAGUACAUAGAGAUAUGAUACUUGUUCUAAUAGUUGAAUUAUAUUUGAAAUACAAGUGGUCUCUCAGCGUUUCUGUUUUCUGGAUUAAAUUCCGUGUCUGUAUUAUUUUGUAAACGGUUGCUCUCUGCCGGGUAGUGAUCUAACGUCUUUUAUAACA